AAUUUGACCUUUGUUGUACUUCUCGUAUACCUUCUCGGGAAGAUCGCUGGAACUGCGAGUUUUUCGAGCUUCUCCUGUCUCUUACUGCAGCCUCUUGCGGCCUUGCCUGUGGCAAUAAACAUAUACGAUUAUGACACCCACAUUCCAUCAGAUUGUUAGUAAUGUUAAGAAAUGAGUAUCUUUGCUACAGAAAUCUGAGAUUAUAUCUCAAUUCUGCAUGCAUCGCUUUCAAAUCAUUCAAGCAGGUCUUGUUCUCGAAAGCCCGAAGCACUCUUUAUUGCUAAAACAUUAUACAGAACUACAGAUAUUUUUCUCACCAACCAUCAUGGAUAAAAGUAAACCAACACAGAGAACUCACAGGCUUGGCAAGUUGUCUCGACGGAAGCACAAGAAGACCAACUCGACAAAUUUCAGUGAUUUUCUAGGCCAGGUUGCAGAUGAAGACGUAGAUGACGAUGACUAUGUGGCCAGUGAUAUCCACUGCAGGCCAAAUGAAGUUGUUCCUAGCAUUUCUACAAAAUCAUUAAGUGUGUUUGUGGGUACUUGGAAUGUUGCUGGAAGAUCUCCGGUUGAGAGUUUGGCAGGAGAUUUGGAUAACUGGCUAAAUAUCAAGGAGUCUGCUGACAUCUAUGUCCUAGGAUUUCAAGAAAUUGUUCCCCUGAUUGCCAGAACUGUAAUUGGAGUGGAAGAUCUGACAGAAAGUCAAAAAUGGAACCUGCUUAUCGGGCAAGCUCUUAAUGACCAGACUGGUUUUUCUAGCAAUACUCUGAAGUUGAAACCAAUGGAUAGCAGAAAUUAUGAACAAGAAGUCUCAACUACCUGUGGAGCAUCAACCCCUUUGACAGGGCAGCAAAAUACACAGUAUAUAUAUCGAGAUCAGGGUAACAGGUACAUGCUCAUUGCAAGCAAGAAGAUGGUUGGGGUGUUUGUAAGUGUGUGGAUAAAGACGAAAGUUGUUGAGAGUUACGACAUCAGUGUUAGAGUUAGUUCAGUAGCUUGUGGGAUCAUGGGCUAUUUGGGAAACAAAGGUUCAGUUUCAGUUAGCAUGACAAUUGAAGGAACUACUUUUUGUUUCACUGCUGCACACUUGGCUUCGGGUGAGAAGAAUGGUGAUGAAGGAAGAAGGAAUCACCAAGUGUCUGAAAUUUUCAGACGAACAACUUUCACCAGACUCGCUCAUAAGGUCAACGAGCAUCAUCCUCUCACCAUCUUAGGCCACGAUCGGAUAUUCUGGUUUGGAGAUCUAAACUACAGGCUAUACUCAGAAGAUAGCUUAGCCAGGCAACUCAUAAAAGAGCAAGACUGGGCCGCACUGCAAGAAUUUGAUCAGCUACAGCAGGAACUAGAAGACGGCGGAGUGUUUGAAGGUUGGAAAGAGGGAAAUAUAGAAUUUGCACCUACAUAUAAGUACUCUAAAAUAAAUAGCAAUCACUACUCAGGAGGCAUUGGAAGUAAACAAAGAGAGAAGAAACGAACUCCAGCAUGCAGGUGUGACAGAAUUCUAUGGUAUGGCAAAGGGGUGAAACAACUAUCUUACCUUCGCAGUGAGAGCAACUUCUCAGAUCAUCGACCUGUGUCAGCUAUUUUCUCUACCUAUAUAGUUCUCAAAUCUGCCAACCCCAGGCUUACAUUUGUUCCAAGCAAAUAUAUGUCAAUAUAACAAUCAAGAGAAGUACAUCUUUGAAGACCGAAGAGUAUGAAUUCAGAAAGGUGCUUCUGCACUUGUCAUUAGUUUGCUGCAAAAGGAACCUGGUCUUUGGCAUUUUUAGCUUACAUUGAGUGCUCAAUCAGAAUAACCUCUUCUUUUAACUGUAGCAACUAAUGCUUCGCCUGCAUAUAAUUUAUGCACCUCGAUCAAUCCAGUAGAGAAAUUAAUUGUUGUUGCUAAUUGAAAACAUCAGUUCCUUGAAUGUUGUUGAUCUUUGUAACAAGGGAAAAUAGAUUUUUUUGCC